ACAGGCUAAGGAGGAGAGAGCACGGGUGGUUGCAGGGUGGGCAGAGGAAGGAGAGAGCACAGUUGGGCACAUGGGUAUUAGAGAGCACAGGUGGGGACAGGAGUAGGGUGGACUCACGAGAAAGAGACAGCACGGGGUGGGCAUAGGGAAAGGAGAGAGAACAGGUGGGCACAUGGGAAGGAGAGAGCACAGAUGGGCACAUGGGUAGGGUAGACACAGAUUAAAGUGAAGGAGGGCACAGGGUAAGGUUCAGAGAGCAUAUGUGGCCACAGGAUAAGGUAGAGAGAGUUCAGAAGACUAAAGGGGCAGGGUGGGCACAGGGUAAGUUGAAGAGCUCACAGGGGUAGGAUGGGCCCAUGUGCAGGGGGAGAGAGCACAGGUGGGCACAGGGUAAAGUGGAGAGGGCACAGGGGGAGGUUGGGUACCAGUUAAGGUGGAGGGGGCACAGGAGUGCACAAGAUAAGGUGCUUAGAGCACAGGUGGACACAACGGCAGGGUGGGCACAAUAUAAGGUGGAGAGAGCACAGCAGGUACAGAAAAAGGGUGGGCACAAUGUAAGGUGCAGAGAGCAAAUGAUUGCGCAGGGUGGGCUCAGGAUACGCUUAGAGGACACAGGUGGGCUGAAGCUAGGGAAAGCACAGGUGGGCACAGGGGUAGAGUGCAGAGGGUAAUGCUGCAUCUCUGCCAUCUCCUUCACUGAGUGUAGCACACAGACCUGCACUGUCAGCCGUGUACAUCAUUGCUCUGCCCUCUCCUGGGCGUUCUAUACAUUUAGGCGCACACAUACGUUCAGAAGGGUGGGGGCUCCAGACAGCCUGCAGACAGCCCCGGGUGUCAGUGUCUGGGCACACUGAGGACGUCGCUCCGCUGUCUCGGAGAAAGUUGUGCUUCGGACUUGAUCGCCUGUCACUGCGGAGGAGAGGAGUCUUACUUGUCAGCGGAGGACUAGAAUGAGUGCCCUACCCCCGCUGGCUGGUGCUGUGACCUGCACUACCCUGUGAACGAUGGGGCCAGGACGUGUGCUACGUGCAGGGGACAUGCUCACACUGACAUGGAUAGAGUGCAUCAGCUGGGGCAGCCUCUAAAGAGUGAAGUCAAGCCAUCCAGCCAAGACCAGGGGAACUCCAGCGCGGCGUCCACUCUGCCGUGUGCCAGGAUGGGGGUUGACAGAUACCCACAAGUCACUGUGAAAGCAUCUCACCCGCUUCCAGAUGUUCACUCUACCAUCAGCGCGUUGAAUGGGGGAAACAGAUUCCACCUGCGCCCCUUAACCAUCCCGGGGAAGACCGCUGCUGAGAACCUGUGUGCCGAAGCUGAGGAAGACGCACUUUUGGCAUCAUGCACGGUGGCUCCAGUGAGGGCUCGGGUGACACCCAACGGGGAAAUGCCAAUGGCCAGGUCGGCCACCAUAGUCAAUAGAGAUAUAGCAGGGUCUUAUUCGAGGGACUUGGAAGGUGGCAGCUGUUACCAAGAAAUCGUGGUAAAUGGGCGAAGGGAUGCUGUGCCCGUUAAAAGGAAAAGGACUGGCAGUGGGUUAGCAGAGAAUACAGUUAUGGUGAUGGCACCGGAGAGCGGACCUUCUGUAUUCCCUCCCAUGGAGGGCAAGAGGCGGAAAAACGAGGUACACACCGAUUCUCAGACCCCUCAAGACCUCACCUGCAGGCGAGAGGGGCCUAGUAACUCCAAAAUGCCUACGAACAAUAAUUCGGUGGUCACUCCCCAAAAAAUGGCCUUCGAUUAUAUAGUCCCGUGUAUGACUUACUACGGCAUUUGUGUCAAGGACCACUUUUUAGGGGAAGCUUUGGGCUCGCGGGUCCUCGACGAGGUGGAAUUACUUAACCGCAGUGGGAAGUUUCGGGAUGGCCAGCUGGUCAGUCAGAGGACUAUACCAUCCAAAAACAUUCGUGGUGACCAGAUCGCCUGGGUGGAAGGGAAGGAGCCUGGGUGUGAGAACAUCGGGGUCCUCAUGUCCAGGAUAGACGAGGUUAUCAUGCACUGUAGUGGAAAACUGGGCAGCUACAUUAUUAACGGCCGGACCAAGGGAAUGGUGGCUUGUUACCCAGGCAAUGGGAUGGGAUACGUACGGCACGUGGACAACCCAAACAGAGAUGGACGCUGCUUAACUUGCAUAUACUACCUAAAUCAAAACUGGGACACACAGGUCCAUGGGGGACUCCUACAAAUCUUCCCAGAAGGCCGAUCAGUUGUAGCCAAUAUUGAGCCAGUAUUUGACCGUCUGUUGAUAUUCUGGUCAGAUCGACGAAAUCCUCAUGAAGUAAAACCAGCCUAUGCCAUGCGGUAUGCAAUUACUGUCUGGUAUUUCGAUGCACAAGAACGAUCAGAGGCCAAAGAUAAAUACAGAUUAGCCAGCGGACAGAAAGGAAUUCAGGUUCCCGUCUCUCAUGGUGGCACCGUGUGAUUGGAGGGUCGGCACAUCUCCUAGCGGUCAUUCUGUGGGGGCCUCUGUGAAAUCGGAAAGCUGCUAUCUCCCUGCCAGGGGCUGAGCGUCGGUUGUCGGGCUCAGCGGAGGAGCCUACCUGCGGCUGUGGAGAUCUCACUGCCGUCUUAUUAGAUUUGCCCGCUUGGCCUAUAAGGAUUUUCUUGAAAUGUGAAUAAAGGACAUGCAGAUGGGGUUGCAUCCAGCAGAGUAUUGCACAGGGGUGGCACCGGGUAUCUGCAGACUGCUUCAGAAUUAUUGAAUGUUCAUGAAAACAUUGCACAAGGAGCUGGGGCGGGAUGAAGGCAUCGGGGGUCUCUCCUGAAUUUGUAUGUGUUUGUAUGUGGUCUGAUCUACGAGGAGGAAGAGGAAUGAGAAUCCAAUAUGGGGUAUUGUAAAAGAGGGGUGGUGUGAGGAUAUUGGAGACAUGGCAGGGGGAGAGAUGCCAACAAAUGUGGGCAAAGCCACAGAAUAUAACACUUAGGGCUCUUUCACACGGGAGGCCGUUCAGGUCCGCCUGCCAGUUUUUUAGGCGGACCUG